CCCGCGGUCCCGGCUCGGUGGCUGGUGCCGCCGCGACCCGCAGCGCCGGGGGAGGCAGAGAUGGAGUUUGACUCGUACCAACACUACUUCUACGACCACGAUGCCCAGGAGGAUUUCCAUCGUUCCACGGCCCCCAGCGAGGAUAUCUGGAAGAAGUUCGAGCUGGUUCCCACCCCCCCCGUCUCCCCCCUGGGUACCCCCGGGGAGAAAGCCUGCUGCUCCGGGGCGGAGGGCUCCGGCUGGCUCUCCCGCUACUGCCUGGCCGGGGAAGAGCCGGAGUAUCUCAUAGGGACGGGAGAGAUCUUCGGGAACCUGAGCGCUUUCAUCCUCAAGGAUUGUAUGUGGAGUGGGUUUUCAGCCCGGGAGAGACUGGAGAAGGCGAUGACAGAGAAACUUUCCACGGGCACGCAGAGGGCCACCCCCCACAAACCUUCCUUCGCGCAGGAUUUUGGGUUCAGCAGCUCGGUGAGCGAGUGCGUGGAUCCCGCUGCCGUCUUCCUUUGCCCGUUGGCCGAGAGCAAGAUCCCCGCAUCUUCGGGAUCCGAGGGCCAAAGCGAUUCUGAAGGUGAAGAGAUCGAUGUGGUGACGGUGGAGAAAAGACAAUCGCUCAGCCUGAGGAAGCCGGUCACCAUCACGCUGCGUGCCGACCCCUUGGACCCCUGCAUGAAACGCUUCCACAUCUCCGUCCACCAGCAGCAGCACAACUACGCUGCCCGCUCGCCGCCGGACGCCUGUCCCCCACCGGAGCCACCCCAGCAGGCUGAGGACGAGCCACCAAGUACCGCAGAGCCAGCCCCUGCCAUCACGCUGCCUGAGCCCAGCUUGCCGAAAGCCAGCAGCAGCCCCGGCUCCGACAGCGAGGACGUGGCCAAGAGGAAAAAUCACAAUUACCUGGAGCGCAAGCGGCGCAACGACCUGCGCUCGCGCUUCCUGGCCCUGCGGGACCAGGUGCCCGGGCUCGCCAGUUGCCCCAAGACGCCCAAAGUGGUGAUCCUGAGCAAAUCCUCCGAGUACCUGCAGUCGCUCAUCAGUGCCGAGAGGAGGAUGGCGGCCGAGAAGCGGCAGCUGCGGCUGCGGCAGACCCAGCUGCUGAAACGGAUUGCUCACCUCAAGGGGCACUAAUGCCCAAUGUGCCCCCCACCCUGGUCCCUACGACCCCCCUGGCUCCCUCUCAAUUUGCACAUUUUUUAGUUGUUUUAUUUUUCUUUUUGUUGUUGUUGUUUCUUGAACUGUUGGCCCCAGGGGGCUGGAGCAUGUGGCGGUUGCUGCAUAUGGGGUGGCUGCGGUGCUGCUCCCGGCUGCGGGAAUGGGGCCACAGCAGGGCCCCCCCUCCAUGGCAUCACCUGCUUGGGGCUGGCUUCUUGGCACCGGGUGUUGCAAGAUUUCCCCUGUCCCCCUUGUGAAGCUUUCUGAAGUGACUGCUUCAAUUUGCAGGCUCAACUCUAUUCCCCCUUCCCUGGCAGCCCCUGCACCCCUCUCUGCCAUCUGCUACUGACAGCAUCACUGGGAGCUGCCCCUGGGCACCCAUCUCGCCCUAAAAAUCCCAAGCAACCAUGGUCUGCUUCGGCUCAGGGAAGCAGGUAGAGGCAGACACAGAGAGCCCAGCACAGGGCUCGUCUCUGGAUGGAUCCCCAUGGAGAUGGCGACGGCAGGGUGUCUCUCUCACCAGGGUUAACAGCACCCUGUGGGCAAUCCCCUUGCUCGGCUGGACCGUACCUCACUUUCUUACCACUUCACGCAGUAGCUUGUCUUGGAUUUUAUGUUCUAGAAACUGCUGCUGUAACUGCGAGUCUUAUACUGGAGGCUGUGUUUUUAUACUGUAUUUUUGUACCACUUUUUGAGAAGUAUUGGUAAAGAGUUUGCUUUUUUUAUAUAUAUAUAAAAACUUUUUUUUUUUUUGGAGGGGGGUUCCUGCUGCGGGGGAGGGCUCAGUCCUGCUGCACUUUAGGGAGAUCAGGAAGGGGCUGGCUGAGUCCUCGCAGAGGCCGGUUCCCCCCUUGCAGCUCUCCAAACCACCCAUUUGCAAUAACAGGGGAUUUUUCCCCUUUCCCAUGCUUGUGACCCCCUUUCCCACCUUUGUGAGUGCCCCCUCACCAGCAGCCACUUAAAAUCCCCAGUGAAGCUUUGGACUUUGCAGGGAGCCUGGCUGGAAGGGGCAAGUUGGGCGCAUGGCAGGGGGGGCUGUGCUGCCUUUGAGGCUUUCCCCUGCUUGUGCUGUCCUGCUGCCCAGCCUGCAGUGGGGUAUGUGGGUGGCACAGUCCCCUGUCCCCUCCCCGGGGUGCUGGCAGGGGUGGCCCCACAGGACAGCACCCUUGGGUCCCCCGCUGACCUGCUGAGAACCGUUAGAGUUAACACUGUGGUCGGAUUUAGCACUUUCUUCAUUACCUCACACUUCAUAAAUAAAUAAGUUUGCAACA